AUGUCAAGCAGUAGCUCCAGGCAGACCAUUGAAGUCAUUACAACAGAAGAAGCUCCACUGAAAUGGAGCGUUGCUUUGAGAGAAGAAGUUUUCAAGAGGUUUCUUCUGGGACAGGGGACGUCAAAUACUACUACUUUGAAGAAGAGGGUAUUCGGCGAGGGCUCAAUUUUCAGUCCCCUGUUGUUUGGCAGCAAGUUCUUCGAUCCUUCUGACGCCUUCCCACUAUGGGAAUUCGAGUCCGAGGUGUUGCUCGCCGCCCUCCGGAGCUCCGGCAAGACCACCGUUGAUUGGUACCAGACCGAUGAAGCCUACGUGUUAAGAGCACAACUUCCAGCGGGCAAGUCUCACUCCCUUUUUUCUUUUCCUCUGUUCCUCUGUUUCUCUGUUCUGUUCCUUGAAGAGAUUGUAUUUGCAACAUCAGGAGGGAGUGGGAAGAACAGCAGUGCAGUGAAGGUGUGUGUUGAGAAUGGGAAGGUGGUGGAGGUGAGUGGACAGUGGAAGCCAUUGAAGGACGAUCAGUCAAGCUCAAAGGCAAAGCCAGGGGACUGGAGAAGUGAGGAUUGGUGGGAAUACGGGUACGUGAGAAGGCUGGAACUGCCAGAGGAUGCUGUUGCUGAUUCGAAGCAAAUGGAAGCAAACCUGAUCACCAGCUGCACUACUGGUAAUGAAACAACGCUUCUGCUGGAACUAAGGAUUCCCAGGAAGUGCAGCAGCUUCAGUGACUGCAACAGCGACCUCCCUAUUCCUUGA